AUGGAGCGAUUUUUAGAGAACAUGCUGACAUACGUGAGUCGAGAGGAGCCUACUCGGCACACGACCACGGCAUUGGAGCGAUACCGACACUUGAGACCCCCUGUGUUAAAAGGAAGGAUUGGUGACAAUCCUAGCUCAACCGAGUACUGGCUUGAGCAGACAGAGAAACUACUUCAACACCUACAGUGCAGUGAAGAGGAGAAAGUAAGGUGUGCAACUUAUACGUUGGAAGAAGAAGUAGGUCGGUGGUGGCAAUCUACCGAGCAUUCGAUGAUAAGAUCUCAACAAGAACGCGAGGAAGAAGAUGAAGAUGCGCCAGUAUAUACCUGGGCGGGAUUCAAGGAAGAGUUUAACGCCAAGUAUUUUCCCAAAAGCUGGAAGGAAGAAAGAAUCUGGGAGUUUAUGAGACUCAAGCAGACUGACGAGAUGUCUGUGAAUCUAUACGACAACCGAUUCACUCAAUUGAUUAAGUACGUGCCUAUGUACGAAACCGACGAAAGUCAGAAGGCACAGAAGUUUAUUUCAGGAUUGCAAGUAAGUCUUCAGCAAGUGUUAAGCGGAUGGGACAUUGACACUUACAAGGAAGCAUUACAUCGAGCUCUGACUAUUGAAAGAAACCUGACGAGGGUGAAAAUAAUCAAGACUGAAGAAGGGAGCAAGGGUAGUAAGUCGGGAAAUGUAACAGCUCAAUCUAAGGAUGAUGGGAAGUGCCCUCGGUGUAAGAAGAAGCACUUUGGAAAAAAAUGCAUCGUGAAAUGCUAUGCUUGCAGCGAAGAAGGCCACAUUGGAAGAAAUUGCCCAAAGAUCGAAGGAAUGCCCCAAGUCGGGUACCAGGGAAAAGUGGUGUGCUAUAACUGCGGACAACCAGGGUAUAUCUCGCGAGAGUGCCCAAAGAAACAAAAGAUGGAGCCGUCAAGUGGAGGAGCACCGAAUGUUCGUCCUGGCCGGGUGUACAAUUUAACUUGUGAGGAUGCUGAGGCCGAUCCUACAGUAAUUGAAGGUACACUACUCUUUUCAAACAUUCCAGUUCAUGCUUUAAUAGACCCGAGUGCUACGCAUUCGUUUGUUUCGCAUGCAUCAGUAGAAAGUCUAAAGCUAGAACCUAGGAAGUUAGGUUAUCAAAUGUUAAUAGCUACACUUAUGGGUUCAACCUUAGAGACAGCAGUGGGAUGUCAGGGUUGCAAUCUGGAUAUGGGAGGGGAAAGUUUCAAGAUAAACUUAGCCAUGUUAGAUAUUCAAGAUUUCGAUGUAAUCAUAGGAAUGGAUUUCCUAUCGACACAUGAAGCUAAAGUGGAUUGCAAGAAUAAGACAGUGAGCUUACAUAAACCUAGUGGGGAAUGGAUUUCGUUCCAAGGCCAGAAUAGUAAAAGAAAGCAUGGCGUGAUUCUGCAAGCAAUGCAAUCAGCCAAACCGGAGACAAGCAAGAAGAAUCUCGAAUUAGAGUCGGUGAGGGUCGUGAAUGAGUACCCUGAGGUCUUUCCUGAAGACUUACCAGGAUUACCACCCCCUAGAGAAAUUGAAUUUUCAAUAGAUCUUGUACCCAGUACGCAACCUAUAUCCAUACCUCCAUACAAGAUGGCCCCAGUUGAAAUGAGGGAAUUAAAGGAGCAAUUGCAGGACUCGAUCGACAAAGGAUUUAUCAGACCUAGUGCGUCACCUUGGGGAGCUCCGAUUCUGUUCGUAAAGAAGAAAGAUGGUACUUUGCGGAUGUGUACCGAUUAUCGGCAGUUGAAUAAGGUAACUAUAAAGAACAAGUAUCCGUUGCCUAGGAUUGAAGAAUUGUUUGAUCAACUUCAAGGAGCUAGGAUAUUUUCUAAGAUAGACCUUCGAUCAGGAUACUAUCAGAUGAAGAUCAAACCAGAAGAUGUACCCAAGACUGCUUUUAGAUCACGGUAUGGUCACUACGAAUAUUUAGUGAUGCCGUUUGGAUUAACUAAUGCACCUGCUGCAUUUAUGGACUUAAUGAACCGAACUUUUAGACCCUUCUUGGACAAGUUCGUAAUAGUUUUCAUAGAUGAUAUUUUGAUAUACUCUGCCAAUGAAAAAGAACACGAGGAUCAUUUGAGGAUAGUUAUGUAG